GCACAUUCCAAGACUUAAUUAAGCCCAUACACAACACAUUCAAAAACAGAAUAACCACAUCCAUCAUCAUCAUCAAUGGCAGUCCAAGUUUAUAUUGUGUACUACUCCAUGUAUGGCCAUGUGGAGAGACUAGCACAAGAAAUCAAGAAAGGAGCUGAUUCUGUGGAAGGUGUUGAGGCCAAACUGUGGCAGGUACCUGAGACAUUGGCAGAUGUGGUGCUUGGUAAAAUGAGUGCACCACCAAAGAGUGAUGUUCCAAUCAUUACACCCAAUGAGCUCUCUGAGGCUGAUGGUUUUGUCUUUGGCUUCCCAACAAGAUUUGGAAUGAUGGCUGCACAGUUCAAAGCUUUUCUAGAUGCCACUGGUGGUUUGUGGAAAACACAACAACUUGCAGGCAAACCUGCUGGAAUCUUCUACAGCACCAGCUCCCAAGGUGGUGGACAAGAGACCACAGCGCUAACUGCUAUAACUCAGCUGGUUCAUCAUGGAAUGUUAUUUGUCCCAAUUGGAUACACAUUCGGUGCUGGAAUGUUUGAGAUGGAGGAACUCAAAGGUGGAAGUCCAUAUGGAUCAGGAACUUAUGCUGGUGAUGGUUCGAGACAACCAACUAAGCUUGAGCUGGAGCAAGCAUUCCACCAAGGAAUGUAUAUUGCUACCAUCACAAAGAAGCUCAAGGAAUCUGCAUAAUGUUAAGUUGAGUCAAUAAAGAUCCACAGUCAAAGGAUGCUUCAAAAUCGUUUAUUAUUGUUUAUUCCUGGAAUGUGUUGAUUUCUGUUUUUUAGUGCUUGCAUGAUAUAGUUUUUUUAUUUUUCGAAAAGAAAGUAAUUUGUAUUGAGUUCUAUUUUUAUGUUACACAGGGCAGUAGUUACUGAAAUUUGUUGAAUAAAGGAAGUAUGUUUUGUCUUGUCCUUAA